AUGCCCGUUCGACGAAAAAUCAAGAACUCUGUUGGCCAUUAUUCACGUGCUGAACUCCUAGUGAGGGAAGCUACGUCUAACGACUCCUCUAUGCCUAGCCAGGAACUUCUUCUUCAAAUUGCAGACAUGACAAUGGCGCAAACCCUCUAUACUGAUACUACAUCCAUGAUAUGGAAGCGGCUAAAUGAUAAAUGCAAAAAUUGGCGACAUAUCUAUAAAUCCCUUUUUGUCAUUGAGGCCUGUCUGCAGUAUGGAAGCAUGCAGUUUUCCAAAGAAUGUCGUGCUCAACUUCCGCAGAUUUUGACCCUCUGCGACUUUGUAUAUUCAUACGACCAAAAUUCGAAUGCCGGAUUUCUUAUUAGAGAAAGGCCCAACAUAGGAAGGUGUUGGAUUGAAAAUGGAGCAUUUCUUUCUCGUCCAGUGAACUUCCAGUCACGUACUCUCUCUAUUUAUUCAGACAAAGGUAGCAGUCCCAAUUACACACGUCGUGCCAGAUCGGUCUAUAAUCCUUCGGAUGAGUAUGCGGCCCGCACGGAGUCAGAGGAACGGGAACACCUUAGGCUGGCAAUGGCCCUCAGUCUUCAAGACUCCUUCGACAAUUCGGCGACAAAAUCCGGCUCAGACAUCAAACCCACCCUGUUGGAGAGUUCACGAAAGGCUAGUAACACGCAGAGCGAAGAUUUGCAUCUCCUUGACGAUGAGUCUCUCAAAUCGAAACGAUUAAAUUCAUGGUUGGAGUCGCGUUUCAAGCCCUUUGCCAGCUUAUCCACCUCCGAUCUCUGCACUCCAUCCUCUAGUUUGAUUGGUCCUGCUCCACCCACAGCGGAGAAGUGGAGUGUAAUUUCAACGCAAAUGCCUCUGUUAAGUGCCCCAAAUGGUUCCCAAAAUAGUGGCACCUUGACCGACUUGAGCGGACUCGAUUUCGAUCCACUGACUAUUUCCACGCCAGCGGAGGGACCACCGCUAGACAAUUUUGGAGGCACCACUGGGCCUGAUACCACUCUGGUAACUCUGACCCCCUCCACACUGCCUAUCCAUAAGACCUCAGCGGAUGAAUACUUUGAGAGUCUGGCGAGGCGAAAGGCUUCAACCGCUAUUCCUGCUACGCCUGCUGCCACUGCUGUUGCCUCUACUGCUGUCACUGCUGCUGCUUUUAAUACUGCCACCUUGCCCAAGAACUCUUCCACAAUCAUAGAACAGAGAGGUUCCAAACUCUCCAGCAUGCUUGGCAAUCAUCGAGAUUUGGUGGAUCUGGACAAUAUCUGCGGCAUUCAGAAAUCACCUCCAGAUGGAGUAAGGGACAUUUUUGGCGAUAAUCACUUUAAUGCAAUUGACAACUCUUCGAUACCAUCCAUGAGUAAAUUUGGAGUCAAUGGACAACCUUCACUCAACUGGGGAGGUGGAGUAUCACUCUCAACCGUUCAACAACCCGCCCUCACUCCAGCAAAUGAGCUGAUACCACUGACCUCGCAACAACUCGCUACGCACGAACCGACUUGGCAGGCAUUGGUUGGCCAACCGCAACUGUCGGGUGUCUACACCUCAGCCUCAACCACCAAUCGUGUCUCGGUUGCAGGCGCUAAUCCCUUCCUCUGA